AUGCGACUUCGCGGUGUGUUUCGUGCAGCCAAGCUGCCCAACGGACAACGCGCCAUUGGCACAAAAUGGGUGUUCAAGAUCAAGCGCAAGGCGGAUGGGUCAAUCGAGAAGUACAAGGCACGACUUGUGGCCAAGGGUUUCCGCCAAAAGUAUGGCAUCGACUACACGGAGACGUUUUCGCCUGUGGUCAAGUAUGUGACGCUGCGACUGGUGAUCGCAAUUUCCAAGCAUUUUGGAUGGCCCAUCGACCAGCUUGAUGUGUCAAUUUACGGCCUCAAGCAAGCGUCGCGAGUGUGGAACGAGACGUUCGACGAGUAUGUGUGCUCCAUCGGAUUUCAAGUAUCGGACUUCGACCCAUGUCUCUACAUCAAGACUUCGGACGGCCAUUGCGUGUUUAUACUGGUCUACGUGGACGACGUCUUGGUGACUGGAAGCUCGCUCGAGCUGAUUGCACAAACCAAGAACGACCUGAAGACGCGGUUCGAGAUGACGGACAGCGGCAAGUGUGCGUUUGUUCUUGGGAUCGAGCUUUUGGACGGUGAAGAUGGCAGUGUGACACUAUGUCAGCGUCGGUAUGUCGAUGAUAUCCUCAAGCGCUUUGGCAUGGAUGAUUGCAAGGCAGUCGCAAGUCCAGUCGACAUGAGCUCUCGACUUGUUUCAAGUGAUGCAACUACCAAGGUCGAUGCUCCUUUUCGCGAAGCUGUUGGUGCGUUGAUGCACCUGACCACUGCAACGCGUCCGGACAUUGCGUUUGCUGUGGGCUAUGUGUCGCGGUACAUGGAAAAUCCCCAAGAAGAACACUGGGUUGCAGUUAAGCGUAUCUUUCGCUACCUACAAGGCACCAAGACGCAUGGAAUUUGCUACAAGCCAAGUGCAAGGAUCGACUUCCGUGGAUAUUCGGAUGCGGAUUGGGCUGGUGAUCUUACCGACCGCAAGUCAACAUCGGGGUACACGUUCAUGCUACUCGGUGCGCCAGUGAGUUGGGGCAGCAAGAAGCAGCCAAGUGUUUCUUUGUCCACGACUGAAGCUGAAUACAUCGCACUCAGCUUGGCGAUUCAAGAGGGCAAGUGGAUUCAUCGUCUGCUUUGUGAGAUCGUGAUGGCUGCCAAUGAAGAAGGACCGGAACUCAUGAUUCAUGAAGACAAUCAGUCAUGUAUCAAGAUGACGAAGAACCCGGUCAACCACGGCCGUGCCAAGCACAUUGAUAUCAAGUACCAUCACAUCCGUGAUGAGGUCAAGCGCGGUGAAGUGAAGCUCAAGUACUGUGAAACUGCGGUGAUGUUAGCGGACAUCAUGACGAAGGGACUUCAUGGACCACGCCAACAGGAGAUGACGACGGCUCUCGGGAUUCGUGAGCCUUUGGAUUGA